GCAAGUGUUGUUGAGGAAGGAAAAGGAGGGCGCAGAUGAGAGAGGCGUUGCCCCCUGGUCGCCCUGGUUGCCCCACGAAGGGGAGUGUGCGGAGCAGUCGAGCGAGGUGGGAAGGAAGUGGCCCCAACCUGAUUGAUGACGAUCACGGAAAAAGAAGGCGGAUGCCGAGUGGGUUUGACGCGAGCGCUGAUCGAAGAUCCAAGUGUGAAUCGAGCGGUACCCGUGCAGGAAAUAGAACAAGCAUGGGACGAGUUCCUGUGUUAAAGUCCUGCGCGUCUUCACUGAUGAAAUCGGACACUCGAACGUAGUGCUACCGGGAGAAAAGUUGCCGAACGUUUUCGCGGUCUCAGGUCUCGCAGCUGUGCAGCCAUGGCAACAGACACAAGUGACAUCGCCAAGCAAGGCUACGUUCGAGUUCGCAGUCGUAACAUCGGCGUGUGGCAGCGGCGGUGGCUUGUGCUGCGCAAGGCAACUAGCACGACGGCAUGUCGCCUGGAGAAGUACCUCGAGGAAAAGCAUGCCCGUACCCACACAGGACAAAAGGUGGUACUCCUGACACCAGCCACCAGCAUCACCCGUCUGCCAUCUAGUGUUCGAAAGCAUGCCUUCUCCAUCUGCUUUCAAGAUGGAUCAGUCAAAUCAGUGGCAUGCGAUUCUGAUCUGGAGGCAGACACCUGGGUGAAGCUGAUGGUUCAAGAAUGCCUUGAACCACAGUCUGGCCUCUCAGCUGGGGAGCCAGAUAUAUUAAGUCCAGGGAUCCAGAAAGAGCUCCAAGAACAAUUUCAUGUCUAUUUGGUACCAAGCCCAAAACUGGAUGUCUUCGGCGAGUGUUUGCUACAGGUCACUCAUGAGCACAUAUACCUUUGGGAUCUGCUUAGCCCUCGAACUAAGCUGGCUGCAUGGCCCCUGACUGCUCUGCGACGCUAUGGUAGUGACCCAGCCAAGUUCACCUUUGAAGCUGGCAGGCACUGUGCCACUGGAGAAGGCAUGUUUGUGUUUCACACCCUUGAGGGAGAGAAGAUCUAUUGCAAAGUUCACCAAGCAACCCUUGCCAUUGCUGAGGCACAUCAUCGUUCCAGACGGUUGCACGCAGUGCCUUCAGCUCCACCUCAGAGUCUGAUCCCAUCGACUGGCCCAACAUCGUCCGUGCCCUAUCGUAACUCCACCAGCCCCCUUCAGCAAUUCAGCUCAUCUGAGAACCUCCCAGGUAGUCAGGAGCGGACCAAUCAUUCAGUAAUGCCCCUGCGGGAUGUGCCUACUACAUCACAGUCUUUUGACAACAUCUUAAAUCCACCCCGAGUUUCCAGUACUGUUGGAGGGACCUCGCGUUGCAGUCUGCGAUCCCAUCUUCUCCAGUUUCAAGCACGCUGAUUAUCAACGCAAGAGUGGGAGACUGUGUAUAUGUGGGUGAUCUGCUGAACAGGUGAAGCUAUGGGCUUGUGGAUCAUGUUUAAGUACACAGUAGUGGACUGCUGCUGUAGCAGCUUUGGACCUACCGCUCCUUUGGAAUGGUUGUAGAACACCCAUUGCAACUUACUGUGCAUGUGUAGAUGUUUGACUUUACUUGUAGUGAUUUGUUUGUGCACUAAAUUGGACUUGUGCUUGAUGACACUUUGUGGUUGUAAUAUCCACUGACCAUGCACUUUUUUCUGUGACCUUCUAAGCCUUGUGCUUGGCAUAUGCCUCAGGUGCCACAAGUUGUGGACACUGAAAUGUGUAUAUUUGAGAAACCGCGUUGUUCAUUUUUGUUCACAUCUUUACACCUCGUAAAUCUGGCCUGGUUGGUUCAUGUUUCAAACAUUGUUUUGCUUUAAGGCGAUUGCAAUUUUUUUGUGUUGGAAAUAAGAGUGCACAUUAUAAUUGUGUGUGUGGAUAAACUUGCUUGCAUCAUUUAUUGUACUUGUACACUGUAAACUAAAGUUUGCCUGAAGUGAGUGCUUUUAUUAUUUAUGGCACAUCUUUGCACAGCCAUUUGUGGCUUUGCAGGGAUAGGCCCUGCAACACUUUUUGAACACAGUCUGAAAGCACUCCUGGUCAGUAGUCAAGGCUCCUGUGAACAUGUGAGCCAAAAAUUAUUGCACUGCGUGCAGCAGGAAAUUUACUUCAUUUCAGAAGCAGCCAAAAUUGCUCACUCUCCUCUCGGCAAAUUGCGCAGUGAAGGGGGCUGACUACAUAGUCGUAGGGACGGGCAUGGCCAUUGGCUGAUUUUAUGAUUGUGAAAACAUCCUCCGUCAUAUUUAUAUUGUAUAUUUUUUAUUUAUUCAACUUGAAACAAACAUGUUUCUCAAUUCAGAAACGCUGACAAAGUAACUACCUUGGAACUUCGGGCCUUUAUGAAUGGUCACCUGCUUAUUUUGUUUUCUCCUACUUUUAUGUGAGGCAAUACGCAGCAUACUACACCAGUGCUAUUUCAAACAUUGCAUGCCUGAGCUGGCCACUUGUACUCAGUUCAUUACAAGAGCAAUUACCAAUGCAUAUCGUUGCUUCGAAAACUACCGGUGUUCUUGCCAUUGCACUCUUUAUCUCUUUAAAACGUCGUAUGAGCAAGACACCUUGCCAGACAUCGCAUUGUGGUUAGCUAAUUGAAUUGGCUUGGAAAUACAUUAUCUGGAUUUGUCUACUAUGCAGAACAAGGCCGGUGGACACUGUGCUUUGCGAUGUCAGUGCACGUUAAAAGACCACCAGGUGGUCAAAAUUUUCGGAGCCCUCCACUACGACGUGCCUCAUAAUCAUAUCGUGGGUUUGGCAGGUAAAACCCCAGGUGUUAAUUAUUAAAUUAAAGCCAGUGCACACCAGGUACCCAGAUCUCAGCCUGACUUUUGCACAUUAGUGCUUCUUGUGCUGCAUAGUUACUGCGGCUGCCACAGGGUGCCACCACGUUCGUCAUCACACGGGAAGUGUGUGAACACAUUCAAAGAAAAGAAAAAUCUGAAAAUGGUCAAGGUCAUGAUGCUCACUGAUGCAGUGUCUUGCUCCAUUUGUUAUCCCCUCCUGUGUGGAUUCAAACAUACGUCGGAAUGAAAGACAAAAAGCAUUUGGAGCAUGCAAAAAACCCCUGUAACUUUGCUCAUACUUGAUGGAUUUGAAAACUUUUUGCACCAAAAAAUUCAUGAGGCAGUAAGCUCCAGUAAUGUGGUCAUUCGAUGAUUACUCUGAAAAGUGUUGCAGGGCCCCUUUAAUACUAGACUUUUUCUUCGAAUGCUUGUUUCCUGAACAAGUGUCUUGUUGAACAUGAAAUUGAAUUAAUGUACCAAAUAUGUGAUUUGGCUAAUCGGUGUACUAUUUUGCAUUUUUAGCUCACUUUAGUAUUUAUAUUUGUUUUAAAUAUUGCAAAAUAAGUGAUAUUCAUAAGGUAUAUCUACAUCAACUCUGUUUUUAUGGUGUAGUUAGAAUGUGUUACUAUAAUGUCAUAUCUGCCUGGUCAGAAGGUAUUCCAGGUCGGUGUUGUUUGCAUUGUCAUGUGUCUUAGUUGUAUGCUUGUAUUUGUGUAUGCUGUGCACAGGCUCUGUAAUGGUGCCGCUCUGGUUGCACUCUACUGACAGUUUAUUGAUCAGGAUUGUAUAUAAACAGUGCUGCAACUGGCAUAGUGCAUACCUUUUUUUCUUCCCUUUUUUAGUGUUUUUUUUUAAAAAGGUCUUUUGUAUUGGUUGAAACAGCAAUGAUUAUUUAAAAGUGACCACAGGAAGAUGAGAAAUUUUGAAGGCAGUACCUAAUUAUUAGUUUCUGUCUGUGUGUGUGUGUGUGUGUGUGUGUGUGUGUGUGUGUGUGUGUGUGUGUGUGUGUGUGUGUGUGUGUGUGUGUGUGUGUGUGUGUGUGUGUCAAACCAUGGCUGCUUUCACACUGGUUUUCUGUUAUGUAACUGCAGUCAUGUUGCUUGUGGACCAGUCUUUUCUGCCUGAACUGUUCUUCUUUUGCUAAGUUUGGUGCCUUUGCAAACCAUUGCAUUAUGCUUGCAUUCUUGUGAGAUAUUGUAAAUGAGAUGCCCUCAAAUUAAUUUUAUGCUGGGCAUAGUGCCUAUACUGCGCACCUAAUUGUAACUACUGGUACACUGUCACAGUUAAGAAAAGCAAAAGCAGUGCAUGACUUUAUUUGGGGGUGGGACCGUGAGUAAGGGUGACCAAGACAGUAACGGAAGGAUUGAAGCGUUUUGUCAAAGAGCUAGUUAAAGGAAUUUAUUAUAUUGGUUAAUUAGGGCCCCAUACUUAUUUCAGUAAUUGUAACUUGCCUGUCUGUGUUGAAAUUAUUUUGCUUAAUACACAUUAGUGAUUGGAUGGGGAAGUUUAGCUCUAACAGUUUAUGCGAAAUUCAUGUAUUCAUGGUAGGAGCUUCACUGAUAAAUAUUUGGGCCUGACCUUGUGACACAGCAGUACACUUGCUUUGUAGUGUGAGAGUAACAACAGCCUAUGACCAGCCAGUGAGCUAGGGAAAGUAUGCUCGGCAGUGAGUUGGACGUUGGUGUGUCAUGUGGGGUGACGUACUUUCAUUCUUUAUCUCUGAGACCAGCACUUGCACAACAGUGCUUAUGUUAAGCCGACUUUGAGUACUAUGUGGUUUUCGUAACAACCUUUGUCGAGAGUAUACUGGCCCCUGUAUGAGUGAUAGGAGCUAUUGCUGGGCUAUGUGGGGAUUCUGCUUCGGGGAUUUUGGAGUUGCACAACUCUGAAGGUCAAGAGAGUUGAUGGUCUUCUGCGCAUUUGCACUGGUUAUGCAUUCGUUGCCCACUGCUCACAUCCUGCAUUCUGCUCUAGUCACGUGCAGUCCAGCCUAUAUACUUUUGACAAAGGGCAUACAGUAUUGUAUAUAUGUAUGUGCAUCUGUGUGAAAAUCUGUGUGAAAGGUGCUGUGCAUGCUGGCUAGCCUCACUGUCCACUUGUCAAACCCAGUCUACAGUAGAAUUUUUGCUGGUUAAGUUUUGUAUGCUCGAUGCUCUUGCAUUUAUGAGCAGUGUCACAGGCAUGCCUAGGAUAGAGAGUGCUGAAAGUAAUGAAGCUUGCACGCUUAUAUUCCACUUUCAAUAUAAGGGGAAUAGGUGGGCUAACGGUUACCUGUUCAUUCUGGUGUAACCAGUUAUACAUACAUACAAUGGCUAUUGGAUUCUGUGUCCCAACUUUUGGUUUAUUCUGUCCAGCUGACCACACCAUGAUGAACUUCUUGUGCAAUGGUGUUGUUUAGUGUGCUAAAACUUUCCACUUUUAUUUCUGCUUUACCAUGUUGUGGUGCACUUGUGUAAAAAUGUAGAUGAAGAGAGCAUUUUUAGACCACUGAAAUGUCUUGAAUUUUCUUUCUUUUUUUAACAGUCUAGUUUUCUGAAUGGCAUCUAUAUUCUUACACAACUGUAUCACAUUCUGUACCAAUAUUGUUUAAACUUUUUAUCACCUGUUCCUGAGUAUUCUUUUUAUUAUUCAUUAAGCAAUGCCAUUAAACUUUAGGAUGACUUUGUGCAUAGCGUAAACUUUCAUACAAUUAUCAGAAGCAGUCUGUUGCUGCAAUUAUUGUCCAGCUUCAAUGGCAAUCUUGAGUAGCAUAACUUGUUUUUAUUUUUCAUGGUUUCGCUAAGAAAACAUGUUGCAUCCUUUAUAAUCAUAUUGUGGUUUUGGGACGUUAAACCCCAACAAUUAUUAUUAUCAAGAAAGCAUGUUGCAGCUUUUCUUUGAGGUUGUGUUUCAUUUUAUUCUCGCAAGAUUUCUUUAGAGCAGUUACGGGUUUUCAUUCUCAUUGCAGUAAUUUCAUUUAAGUAAUUUCCAGGGGACCAAUAAAUCUCAAAACAAUUGAACCUUGAUAUAACAAAGUAGUACAUGUCACGAAAAACUUUGUGCAAACUUUCUUUGCAAUGAGGUUUGAGUCUUUCGGUUGCACAAAUGUUGUCGGGCAGAACUUAACUGUUUCACUAAAUUUUGCAUACGUGCGUUCAUGAAGAUAUUGCAAGGUAGUUUAGAAGCAACACCAGGCAAAAUGACUGGCGAGUGUAGUAUAGAUACCAAAAAAGAUAUCUGGAGCUUCACAUGAUACUGCAGCGACUGCUAUGAAGCAGGCAUUUUUACCAAAUACGAAUCAAAAUCUGGCAAUGCUCCGCAUAGAUGGCCAAUAAAAAAAGUAGACAUUCGAGACGUUGAAACAGCACAUUAUCCAUAUGAAUGUCUAUAUGGGCGUCGCGGUGAGAGGAAUUUUCUUUCGUGUUUGGAACUUUGUCGAACUUGCCCACAUUUGCUUUAUUUUUAGGACCCACCGUUGUAGCUGAGCCUCUACCUUGAUGCGCUGCUUAGCUUGAGGCCACAUUUUGAUGGUGGUGAAAGCAUUUGUUGCCCUUAGAUUUAGAUGCACACUAGAGACUCCAGGUGGUCAAAGGUAAUUGGGAGUUCCCUACUACCACAUGCCCCAUAAUCUUGUCAUGGUUUCGGCAUAUAGAACUUCAGAGCAUAAAUAUUAACUUUGGUUUAUUGCUCGCAAAAAAGUUGUCGGAUUGGAACUGCGUCACAAAACUACUACACUAUGAAGAGAAAAAAAUACAUGCAUUUUAUGGAAGCAACAAACUGAAAUGAGAAAAGUUGGUUACAUUGUGAACUUCGUUAUAUCAAGGUUUGACUUUACUUUCAGGAUGCAUUUCAUUAUAUGUCACUAAAUCUACACAGUGGGCAGCAAUGCUCACCCUAUGUAAUGAUUUUUUAAAUGUUCUAGACGUUUCUUUUUGUAAUGGUGCAAAAACUGUCAAGUGGCUCAAAUUAGAUUUGAAUAGACGUAUCUGUUGCUGUACAAAAAAAAAAUAAUGAUAUAUGGGUCUCAAUAACACUGCUACAGAAUCCACAAUGUAAUUUGAAACCGGAUGGACAAUGUUAAGCGUGCAUUAUUUCCGUGCUCACUGAACAGACAUAAUGGUAAAGUUAUGAUGCUAGCACCAGAUUUUCCUCUGGGAAUAUUGGUACAAAACUAUGCUGCAGGGGGCUGACUUUUUUUUUUUUUUUUGCACAGCUCUCAGAUGCUCAUUGUAUUGUUCGCAUGAUCAUUCAGCACUGUUGCUUGCUGCGAUCUUAGUAUGUUAUUGUGGCUAUUCCUUUUAUCCUAGUGUCCUUCCCAAACACUAAUACUUUGGACAGGGUGUGUUUUCAUUUGCCAGUUGCUUGCUGUAGUGAAUGUUUUAGUCCCUUUUUUAAAAUUUAGUGUGUCCUUACAUCUUGCUUGAGUGCCCUCAGUGCAGCAGGCCAGCAUUUUUUUUCUUGUUGAUUUGAUGAUCCCGCUGCCUAAGCCUGUUCGAGUGAAGCACGUUGGCCACCCACAUUAGUGCAAUCAAGUACGCCUGUCUGCACACUUGGAAAUUGCCAUUUAGAUUAUUUAUUCACUGCUUAUUGUGUGCUUCCUGGUGUCCUUCAUUCUGUUGAUGCCAGCUUCCAUUAAUGGAAACUGUGAAAUCUCGUUCACAACGUUUUUUUAACCUUCUUUGGAAUGGGUGGCAUGUUCCGCCAUCGUCUAUGUUUUGCAUGAGCUGAAUGGCAUAACGGCAUAAUGGUCACAAGAGUCGGCAUGGGGCUUGUUUGGGUGAAACUUACUUUCAGAAUGCUGUGAAAUGUGAACAAUAAACUUUAAAGGGGUCAUGAUGCCAAAAUUUUAAAGUUCCAUUAUGCAUUGCAUGUUAACCCAUGCACGUUGGCAAAAUUUCAGUGCAUUAGGUGUGAUAGGAAAUUUAUAUCUGAAUUUUUUAAUGUGACGUUUGAACUAUACGCUAGUGUGGCAACCAAGAAGUGGACUCACACCCAGAAAGAAAUCUCUUGGUAACAAACACUGGCCUCAAAGGUCACUGUAAAAACUGGAAAUGAUUGCAAGAGCCGAAAAUACGUCAUGGUGAUUGUUCUUUUCAUGUGCAUCGCAGCGGUUUGCAGCAGCGUUCAACUGCGAGAGGCAUGGAUGUACGAGCACAGUUCAAAAGCAAUGCCUUUGCUAUGGUGUUAGGUACAUGUCCAGAUACAUAAAGCAUAGUAUUGCAAUGUUUCAAAACGGACAACACAGAGGUAGUUCCUCAUUUCUUGAUAUUGCACAGUGCAUGCUAAACUGGCAAUCUCUGUCAGAGGGAGAAACCUUGAGUUGGCGCUUUCAAAUUGAAAAUUUGAGCUAUAAUGGGCGUUUAGAGCUCAGGUUUUUUUUGUGACUACUAUAUUGCACUCUUCACUCUCGGUUACAAUGAUAAACUGAGACUGGUAGGACGACUGUGUCAUGGCCCCUUUAAGAUACUUUGGAAUCUACCUGCACAUAGCAGUUAUUGUUGAUUUCAGCUUUAACUUUGCAAAACAUGAUUGUAACUUUAUUUAUUUGUGUAUUAAUAAGUUCAAGUAAUUAUCGGCAUAUGUUAGUUCAAGGUUUGGAGUUAGUGGUUACUUGAGGUGAAGCUUGACAAUGUCGCAAAGCCAUAAUACGAUUUAAAGGAAUUGUUCUGUGGUACAUAAGCUGCUUUGUUGUGGAAUUGAAGCACCUUGUGGUGUUGUCUGAGUGUACAUAGUGAUGGUAGCCUUGCACCUUAUUAAACCCAGAUUGCGGCAUAUUUUUGUAAUCCUAACAGUGAAAGACUUGUGUACAUUUUUUGAAAGUACAGGUUGUGUUGUGUUACUUUCUAGUGCAACUGUUGCGCCUAAUCUUCUUGCAGUGAAGUCAUUAUGUCAUGUUUUGUACAGGAUGAGUGAACGUAUUUGCAUAAUAAAUUGAUCUGACAAGGUGA